AUGGGCAAAUUUGACAUUCCGGCUGUGCUGAACUUUAUCCUCUUCAAAACGGAACGCAAAAAAUUAGUUUACAUCGGACAUUCUAUGGGGUGCAGCAUGUUUUUCGUCGCAAUGGCCACAUACCCGGAACUUCAAUCGAAAAUCGAAACGAUGGUUGCCUUAGCUCCAGCGACGUCGCUGGCCCACAUGACCAGCCCUAUUUUUCGUCUGGCUCCCUUUAUCAAGCCCAUAGAGUUUUUGCUCAGGCUUUUAAAGACUCGAGCUUUCCUUUCGCAAGAGUCGAAAGUUAACUAUUUCCAAAGAAAGUUUUGCUUGAAAAAUGUCGGAUGGGCUGGACUGUGCCGAAAUGUUCUCUUUUUACUGCUUGGAGACGACACGACAAACAUAGAUGUGGAAAUUCUGAGGGUUUUAGAUGGGAACACCCCAGCAGGGACUUCAGUUCGUACUGUCGCCCAGUUCGCCAUGAAUUUUAACUCCGGUCCCACAUUCAUUCCGUAUGAUUUCGGACCUGUUGGCAACUAUCUUCGCUACAAGAAAUUCAGACCACCGCCCUACGACUUGGGUAAAGUUAAAGUACCGGUCUACUUAUUUUAUGGGGAAAACGAUCGUCUAGUAACGCCCAAGGACAUCGAAUGGCUAGCGUCCAAAUUGCCCAAUGUCAAAGAACUCGUCAAAGUCGAUGACAAAUAUUACAAUCAUGCCAGCUUUUUGAUCAGUAAGAACAAUAAUGUGCUUCUUAACAAUCAACUGAUAUCAUUCCUACCAUCCCCAAAUUGACGAUGGAUAUUUAGUACAAAUGACAUUAUAGUAUAUAGUUAUAUAACGUUUCCCGAUUGUAUCUCUUGAAUGCUCACCGUCAAUUCUGCCAUUCAAAAAACCCAAUUCUAUUUAUGUCUUUGCUUGAUCAUAAUAAAUAAGGUAUAUACAAUAAUGGAUCGCGAAAUUGU